ACACAUACUUGAGGAAAUUCUUGUCCACAGGAGAUUUUUUUGUGAGAAAUUUUGCCAGAAUAUAAAUAAUUAGUGUAAAGAAUAUUAAUAAACAAAUUGCGUGAAAUAAAUAUGGCCGAGGAGAAUAAAAUACAGUUGGACGAUAUACAGAAGCAAAUAUUUGAUAAACUUGGUGCCAAUGACAAGGAUGGAUUCAAGCAGCUGAUUGCACAAGUAAAAGGAGGUGUGAAUUUCGUAGACGAAAAUGGUAUGACACCACUGCAGCAUGCUUGUUGCAAGGGCAACAAGGAGGCGGUUCAAAUUCUAUUGGACAUGGGAGCUGAUAUUAACUUUAGUCAACAUGGCGCCAACUAUACACCUUUACACUUUGCUGCUCUAUCUGGCAAUACGGAAAUUUGCACUAUGCUUUUGGAUGCCGGCAUCAAUUCCAGUACCUUGAACAGUGUCAAUCGUACGGCCUCACAAAUGGCUGCCUUUGUGGGCAAUCAUGCCUGUGUGGAAACUAUUAACAAUUAUGUGUCCACCUCACAACUUGAGUAUUAUACACAACCCCAGGGACUGCAAAAAGAAGCGCAUAUUCCGCCAGCAUUAUUAAAUGCCUUCCAUAAGUUUGUCGUAGAUACAAAUUUGCAUCCCGUACGUAUUGUUUUGAACUUGCAAAAUCUGGGGCUGCUGAAACAUCUGCCCGGCUUGCGUAAAGCCUUGGAACUGAUGUGUGAAAAGGAAAUGAAAAAGUCCAGCGAUGUCAACGAAUUAAUGGCAUUCAAAUAUCACUAUCUACGGUGGAUUAUUUCGGAGUUGAUGCGUUGUGAGGAGCAGUGCAAGGCCCAGCGUAAAGAGAAACCUACAGCCAAUGCUGAGGAGCCCAACAAACAUGAUUUCGUUGAGAUGUUUGUCAAGCGCGUUUUGAAAGAGAACAAAUUGGGCCAAUUGGACUAUGUUGAAUUCACAAUACGUGAUUGCGUACGCGAAUUCCCCUUCAGAGAGUGCACCAUAUUCCGUCAGGUGGUCACACAACUGGCCGCCAAAGAUGCACCCACUGCAUUGACCAUUCUACGCUCAGCCAUCAAUGGCCAGCGGGCCUUUGUCGAUGAAGUUUCCUAUUGCAGUUCCUGUGGCAAUGAAAAACCCGACAAGAAAUGUUCCAAAUGUAAAGCUGUGCAAUAUUGCGAUCGUGAGUGUCAACGUUUACACUGGUUUAUGCACAAGAAAACCUGCAAUCGGCCGACAUCGAAUGCAGCCGUGGCUUCUAAAGGCCCCAUCGAUACCCAAGAAUUGCGUGAAGAGUUGGCUCGCAUGACAGCCAGUUAAAUGAAAGUGGUGGCUAAUGUACGUUGAGAGUGAAUGCGGAGAUGAAAUUAUAAAGUUUUUACUUAUUUUACAUACAUAUUAUAAUAUGCAUUUUUCAAUGUAGUCUAGGAAACUACAUACUACAUACUACUUACUAAUUAUUAUUUUCCCGAUUGACAACACUUCUUCCAUUUGCUGAAUUUAUUUUAAUUAACAAAACGUAAAAGUAAAAGAAAUAUUUUUGGGUUCUUUUGUUUAGUUGUUAGUCUUGAUUCCAACAUAUGUUAUAAUGUAUUCGCCUCCAUAAAGUUUGUAUAUUAUAUUAAGCCCAUCAGUUUCUUUUUUCCCCCUACAAAUAAAACAAAAAAACAUGGACCAUAUGUUUUAAAAGAA